AUGGCCAUUCUUCUGAAGGACCUGAGAUCGUGCGCAAACGCAGACGACGAUGCCAGGAUUGUGGAGCUCUUGGAUGCUGUCGACGAGGAGAUAUCAGAGUUCCGGCAUACAAGAGCACCGUCAAUAGCGGACAUGGACGCCAGCGGUUCCCAAGAAGGCUGCGAACUGGGUGCUUGGGACCAGCAGGAUGAGCUCGACAUGGAAUCGUUGGACCUUCUUGACGAAGAUUUGCAUAUCAACGAUCGGACGCGUGCAACAGGCUUUGUGGGGAGAAACUCCGAGGUCCAAUGGCUGCGAGCUGUCACAUUGGCGCAGUCAGAGCGGACAGACGAAGAAGCCAGUGGAGCCUUUUGGCGAAAAGUAUCGCACGCACCGGGCAUUGGCAGCGAACAAAUCAGUUCGUACAGCUUCUGGACCGAUGGCGAAAGUGUGGAAACCAAUUUCUUUGUUGAUCCGUAUGAACUACCGCCCCUCGAGGUCGCGGAAAGGCUUUUAGGUUGCUACAUGAGCAAAGUACACGACUCGUUCCCGAUAUUGAUGCGUAAAACUUUUGAGGAUCAGUUCCGCAAGUACUUCACGGCACGCCAAAACGGGAACGCCCCACGCCUCAGCCCGAAGUGGCAGGCAAUCCUCAAUAUUGUGUUCGCCAUUGGUGCCAAAUACUCGCACUUAUCGAAGGCUAGUUGGCGAGCGGAUGAACGCGAUCACAUCAUCUAUCAAGCAAGAGCCAGAGCUUUCGGCUUGAAAGAAGGUACACUCACAAACCAUUCGGACGUUCCUCAAAUACAGAGCCUCGGGCUUCUUGCAUUCUAUUGGUUGUGUGUGGGACAGGUCAGCCGUGCCUGGGUGAUCAUCGGGGCAGCCCUCCGAUUUGCGUAUACGCUUGGUUUCCAUGUCCGCAAUGAGGAUCCAUCGGCCACAGCAUGGAAACGAGAGACGCUCAUUCGUACAUGGUGGAGUCUCUACUCGCUCGAACGAACUCUCAGCAUCGUGACUGGUCGUCCGAGCAUGAUUGUAGACUCAUGUUGCUCUGUGCCGCUCCCGAUUCCAGUGACAGAAGAGCAAAUCUCGGAUGAACUAGAAGCUGUGUACCGGCCACGCAAGGGGAGUUUGAGUUUGACGUCCAUGAGCCAAGGCUGGUCGAGCGGUAUGGUUGAUCCGCCCGGUACACCGGUAGGACUGGGUACUAUGGAGGCGAACUCAGGGUCGUACUUCAGGGCCGAAGCCCAGUUGUCGAUCAUCACUCAGACCAUACUCAAAUCGCUUUAUUCGGCAUCCGCCAUGACGAGAUCUUUGAGAGAACACCAGCAAGAGAUGAACCAGCUGGGUCAGCGCCUCGAUCGUUGGGUGCUAUCACUCCCUAAGGAGUUCAACUUUCAAGAUCCCGUCAACAAGACCAGGGAGGCGUUUGCGCGGGAACGCAUGCUUCUUGGUUUUCAGCUUUGCGGCGCGAGAAUACUGGUGGGACGACCGUGCCUUGUUACACGAAAGCCAGCCUCGAGAGAAUCCAACGAGGCAAGUUUUGGGAGGCGGAUGAGCAGCAGCUGUAUCGAAGCAGCGAAAACGGUCGUGGACUUUCUCCCGGAUGAGCCAAACGCUCAAUUCAUAUACGACCAGGGUCCUUGGUGGUGUAUCGUUCACCAUCUUAUGCAAGCCGUCUCUGUGUUCCUGCUAGGCCUGUCAGAUAUUCCGUCUACGUCGCAGGACAGCGAAUCGCUGAUGCUUUAUACGAAGAAGGUCGUUUGGUGGUUGCAAAGCAUGCACGAUCCUGUGGCUGAGCGAGCCUACCAUGUUGCCACGAGCUCUUUUGAAACGGUGUCGAGACGAUACGGCAUUGGUGCAUCUGGUCUGUGGAGGAUGGACUCGACACAAGGAAGUGUGGUAGAAUCGGCCCUUGAUUCCAUGAUGGCAGGUCAUCCGGCGCAAUUCGUUCCGCAGAGCACUCCCGUGGCAAGCUAUGCAGCGUACAGCACCGCACCGAUGAGUGCAACGUUUGCGGCGUAUAGCGGGGCGUCUGUGUUCAGCGACAACAACUACAUGGCCAAAUGA